AUGGCACAGGUAAGAAAACGAUUACACCUCAAAGUUCAGAGAAAAGGAGAGAGAGAAGUUGAGAGCUGAGCCGAAGUUAGACUCUCUUCCAACUUUACUUAGACUAACUUUACGGUAACGAGAAUAUCAUGUCAAGCUGAGUUUAUUUAACGCCAAAAAUGAGACGAUGUCUGAGAGUUACAGAUCGUUUUGACGCAGAUUGAGGCGCAGGGAGCGUCAAAAGUCUCCAUGAGACGGUUUCCUGCUGAAGACGCGCCAUCUCACGCAGGCGGAAAAAAUGCGUUAAGGAGCAGCCCUGAGCUAAGGAAAAGUUUAACUGUUUGAGAUUACUGCUCUAACUCUAAACACAGUCUGUGCUCAAGACCACCAAACUCCCAGACCAGGAGGGUUCAAAGUCCGGACUUGUAAAAUGUGACCUGUAAAAAGAAAGACUGAGUUCAAACAGCUGCCAGCGGCCCCUCCCUGAAGACUGUUACACCUUUACUGAAACACUGAGUCUCAUUUUAACUCUAACAUCACUAAAAGAUGACAGUUAGGACAAAUACAGACAGAAAAGCAGCAUAAAGGAGGAUAUUUGUGUCGAUAUUAUUUUACUGAUUCAGUAACUGGAUCAGGGGUGUGUCCCGGUUUGAAUGUAGAGUCCAGGUGGAAGUCACACACCUGUACUGGAGGAUUGUGCAACACUGAGCGGCUCCUGAGACUCGGUUUGAAAUCUGUUAGAGAGGAGAUCAGGGAGGGUCUCCGGACUCUAUUUGUAUUUAACAGGUUCAAACUGCAGCAACUUCCAGCUCCUAAUAUGACUGAGGGUGCAACUAUGGCAGAUAGUAAAGACUAAAAAACUGCUUUAUAAAGUGCAGAAGUUAUAAAUAUUAUUAGAAAAGGUUGUAUGACAAGAAUGAACUCAAUGAGUUAUACAAUGAAGUUGUUGUGUGGUGAUAAUAAACUUAUUCUGAGACAAACAUCAGAUUAAAGUGGGUAUAUUAGCAGAGUAAAGCUGUUUUAGAUUAAACGUUUGGACUGGUGUUGGUCACUUGAGUCUCAGACAACAGGAUCAGCAGCUGGUCCCUCAAAGCUGAAUACCAAGCUGCAGUUUUGUCUUCUUUCUUGAUUAUAGAGGUUCUGUCUCAAUUUACCAGGACUUUCCUAUCAGAUCCUCCUCCUCUCUAAAAUGGUUACUGGGUCCUGUGUCUCCUAACAUAUUAAAUUCAUUCUUAUAAUAACCUUAUUCAUGUAACAUAAUGUCUUAAAUGUCCUUCAGCUUGAUUCCUGUUUAUUUAAGUUAAAUUAAUGUGAAUAUUUAAUGUAGAAAACCAAGAAAAGACCUGUUUCAUCAGCUGAUCCCCUAACACAAAGUGAACAGAUCAAAUUUAUAGAUGCUGUUGCUUCCGGUCUUUUCUGUUGUCGUAUUUCUUCAAAUUACAUCAAUAUAAAUUCCAGUCUGUUUCAAAAAUGUUAAAAGAUUUCUCACAGGAGUUUCAACGGAACUAGAAAUGGCUAAAUCCACCAGAUCCCAAUAGAAACACUGAUGUUAUCCAGCAGGAGUUGCUGGUCUACCCCUGUCAUUUUAUGUGAAGGAUGAUCUUUGAACAGCCGAACAGUCAGUGAUCACCGAACGAUAGCCGCUCAGUAAAGCUGUUUUCUGACCUCCACAUAAUGAUAAUAAUAAGAAGGUAUUGAAACAAUACUAUGUGUCUGCAGAGUAUGGGGCUGCACUUUCAGGACCUCAGCUGUGGGACCCUUGGGUUGUUGCUUCACUGGUGUUUUAUGGAAUCUAAAUUCCUAAAAAUCAUCAGUCUGGACACUAAAGAAACAUGCUCCAUGGGGAUCCAAACCAAACAACAGGGUUCCUAGAGUUGGGGUCCUGAAUGUGCAGCCUUUGGGUCUGCAAACACAUGCAUCCUGGUUAAACAGGUGCAGUUCUGCCACCUGAGGCUGAGUAUAAACUGCAAAACCAAAACUACCAAACCAAGAGUCUAACUAUGACCAGAAGAGGCCCAACAGGAGGUGGCAGAUCAUGGUUCAUACAUCCUUAAAGAGUUUCCAGCGGCUGUUGAGUAAAAGUUUUCAGCAAAUUUGUCAUGUAAAGCCGAGGUGGUCUCAUUUAAAAAAUAUAUAUAUAUAUUAAUUCCAAAAAUGUGAACCUAUCAAUAAUUCAGGCCCCUGAAUUUGUAAAAAAUAAAGCCUGGGAUUAGAACCUUGGAAUUGCCCUUUAAAUUCCAGCUCUCUCAGUUUCCUCCUGACGUUUGCUGUAGAUGAUUCAAAACAGCUGACGGCCCACAUUUCUGGAGAACAAACAAUGCUCCUCUGCAGCCUGCAGUGAGCGAGAGAGGCUGCUGUACUGCUCUCUCACUUCAGGAUUCACUCGUAAACGUCUCCACCUCACUGCGAGGAGUCCAGGAUUAACAGGGUCUGGGUGUGGAGAUGAACUCUCUGACUGAAACUGGAGGCUUAUCUGAAAAUAAGUCUUUCGGAUCUGACCCAUAAAGACUCUGCUUUCUAAAAAGUUCUAAGCUAACAGAGAAAACCAUCAGACUGUAGACUGAAGCCUCCUCAGUCCUCUGCCUGAGUGUUUAGGGAGCGCUGAGCUAUCAGGAGAGGAACUUAAUCUCCAUGUUUGGUGGAGAUUAUGAGGUGUUGAAAUGUGGAGUAGCAGUGAACAAGAUCCUGGCUCUGGACUCUGUGGGAUCCUCUUCUCCGCAGAGGUGAGGAGGGCUUGCAGCAGCUUGUGCUGCAUCAGUCACAAAGGGUGUGGUUUUCACAAAGCCGUCGGCCCACAUGCGAACUGUAACUGUUGCCAGACUGCAGCAUGGAGGAGGCCGGGAGUCGGCCAUCUUUGACACAGCUCUGAUCACAAUUAAAGGGGAGGGAUCUGGCCUUUUUCCACUUAUUUUAUGUCUUUUGGUUAUGAAAAGUUUUGGAGAUGCUCCAGAAUGCUUUAAACUCCCCAGAUGACACUCACAGAGUGACCUCGCUCAUUUCCUUUCUGUGACUUUCAUGUUUUAAAGGCGAGUUUAGAUGCAGAACUACAUUCCAGUAACUCAGGAUUAAAACUGUGAUGGCAGACUGAUGACUCCUGAUCUAUGAGUGAACUUAGUGAUUUUGUCAUGGAGUGUGGUGGUUUCCAGGAGUGUGUUUAUUCUAACGGAUCCACAAACUGCUGCUGAACUCCUUUGUGGCUCUCUCCUUUGUUAAUGUGGUACUGUGUCUUUAUAACAGCAACAGGAAAUCUGGGCUGAACGGCUCUGGAGUCACACUGCAGGACGUGUGAUAUCAGUCUUAUGACCUUAAAGACAUCAUGCUGUCACCACUUCAUCGUCGUUCAGGAUUAAACUAUGAAAAUCGUUUCUCUGAGAUCGCUUCGAUGCAGCUCAGAGAAACUGACCUCUGACCUCUGUGCUGCAGAGUAUCUGUGUGUUACAUGACCGUAGAACGUAAACAUGCACACGACGCCGCUGCAAGUGAGACGGUUUAGUCCCAUUUGUCCCGAUGCACAUUUAGAGACGUUUAAAUCUCACAGGACCUCAGAGACUUCUGACCCAGACUGACCUUCAUUUCACAUCAGAAGAAACAACUGUUUACUUGUGAGGGAGUGGACUGUGAAGUUUGUACAGCCACGUGUUGCUCCACCUGUCCUAGCUGCACCUUUUGUGUCUCUCAAAAUAGACUCAAAGAUCCAAAUCAUAAAAACUGGAUGUUUAAAAGCGCCUCAUGAUACUCUGCAUUUACCUGCUCUACAGUCCUGUAUUUUUCCCACUGCAGUGUCAGCUUUGGUCCAGGAUCACGCAGCCCUGAUGAAAACUAUGUCCGGCGACUCUGUAGGGGGAAAAGUAGGGUGUUAUUUCAAGGAUCUGAAACUCUUACUGUAAAGUGAGUCAGGCCACGUUUAGUUAAGAGGCGCACAAUCUGGUUAGAAAGUGAGGCGCAGGGUGCAAAGCGAUUUUAGUAUGACCCUCAACCAGUCAGUGAAGUGUUUUUGGAUAUUACAAGGCUCAAACCAGUCUGUGUCGGCUCUCACUCCCUUUAAGAGUCAGGGUUCCCUCAAUAUGUUCACAUGUGAUUAAAUUUUAGUCUGACAGCUGCUGGACUUUAAAAAUACACAUAAACAUGCUAGUCUGGCCCUAAAUCUGCCUCCUGCUGUGGUUUGACUCUUACAGUGAAGCCUCUUCAUAACUCCUCAUCAUUUUAAAGGCGUUUAUUGUGAUGGUUGGUGAUUUCUUAAAACUGAAUCUUUGCACCUGUGUUCGAGUUCGAUUUUCUGUACAAUCUGCAGCAAAUUCAUACACUGAAUGGACACACUGAGAGGCUUUAUUGUUGGUCUAUUAUAGAUCCAUUAUAUGUCCUCCUCUCCAGUUAGUUUGUCUUCAGAUUUUCCUUUUUUGAGGCUCUGGACGUUUGUUCAAUCAGGUUAAAACCCUGUCUUUUAACAGGUGAGAUGUUGCUCACAGACUUGGCCUUAUUGAAAUAGACCUCUCCUGUUUGUUUCUGAGCUCUGCAGCUAUCUCAGCUUUGGCCUGUGGUCCAAAUACAGGAGGAAGAGAAUGUAAGACAGCUAUAAGCUCACAGAAUGACUCCAAAUAUCUGGAGUCUGCAGGUUUCCUCCUGGCUGACCCCGCAGCAGAGCAGGAGAUGAUUCAGCUCACAGGAAUUGAUAUGAUGACCUGUACCGCGGUGGUGUAACAACAGAAAAGCAGUUCUCUGACGGAAACACCUGAACACAGGCCGACAGAAAGCUUCAGAUUCAGACUGUAACUCUCUAGAGAUUUGCUGUAUUGUUUUGCUGUUGUGUCUUAAUACAGGGAGCAGAAACAUCCAGUUUUAGUCUAACAAAACCCCUUAGAUCAGGAGAAGCUCUCAAGGUGUGGGUUCUGCUGUAUUUGUGUCUAUAAGUCUGUGUAAUACCUGGUCUCAUCGUGAAAUUGUGUUUUACCUCCUCAGCACUCAGACCUGGAGAAGGCCAUCAGCACACUGGUGAACCAGUUCCACUCAGCUUCAGCCAACAACAGCGGGUCGCUGAAAACCGACGAGUUCAAGAACCUUCUGUCGAGCCAAAUGCCCAACCUGUGCAAGGUGUGUGUGUGUGUGUGUGCGUGUGUGUGUUUAUGCUGGGUGUGGCAGCCAGCUCUUUACUCACUGCUCACACAGACAGUUAGAAACACGCUCGGCUGCACACUCACCCUGUAAAGAUAUGAGCCAACUGAUGGGAAAACAUCAAUGAAACUGUGAUUCAGCUCACAGUCAACGUUUGAGUGUGUGUGUGUGUGUGUGUGUGUGUGUGUGUGUGUGUGUGUGUGUGUGUGUGUGUGUGUGUGUGUGUGUGUGUGUGUGUGUGUGUGUGUGUUCUUUUGUUUUUUUUAUUUUGUUGAUUUUUCAUUAAAACAAAUAGAGACUUAACUGACCUCACUGCUGCCUGCAGUGACUUGAAACUUGGACCUGUAAAGAGGGACUUGUGUUGAUCUCUGAUGGCUGACUUUGUUCACUGUCAUGGUUUGUGUUGGUGUUUUUCUCUCAAUACUAAGACAUAACCAGUGUGUUGUUGUUGUUGGCUGACUCUGCAGGGUAUCAACACAGAGCAGGGCUUGGGUGAGAUCAUGAAGAAGAUGGGCGUAGCAGACGGGGAGGGAAUCUCCUUCAAGCAUUUCUGGAACUUGGUCCAGAAUCUAGCCACCUCCCAGCAUGGCCUCCUUGGAGGGCAGAGUGGCUGCAGCUGCAUCCUCCUGUGA